UGCUGACUAAGAUGGCGACUGAGGCGCAGGGUGAAGGGGAGGUGCCAGCCAGUGAUUCCCGCCCGAGUGAUGCCAUCUGCAAUUUUGUUAUCUGCAAUGACUCUUCCCUUCGAGGGCAGCCCAUUAUCUUCAAUCCUGACUUUUUUGUGGAGAAACUCCGACAUGAGAAACCUGAGGUGUUCACCGAGUUGGUGGUCAGCAAUAUCACAAGGCUCAUUGACUUACCUGGAACUGAGCUGGCUCAGCUGAUGGGGGAAGUGGACCUUAAAUUGCCUGGUGGGGCUGGCCCAACGUCAGGAUUCUUCCGGUCUCUAAUGUCUCUCAAGCGAAAGGAAAAAGGAGUGGUAUUUGGAUCCCCAUUGACGGAGGAAGGCAUUGCCCAGAUAUACCAGCUAAUUGAGUAUCUACACAAAAACUUGAGAGUAGAGGGUUUGUUUAGAGUUCCAGGGAAUAGUGUCCGACAGCAGAUUUUAAGAGAUGCUCUCAAUAAUGGAACUGAUAUUGACUUGGAAUCAGGGGAGUUUCAUUCAAAUGACGUUGCUACCUUGCUGAAGAUGUUUCUGGGAGAGUUACCUGAGCCCCUGCUGACUCAUAAACAUUUCCAUGCACACCUCAAAAUUGCUGAUUUGAUGCAGUUUGAUGAUAAAGGAAACAAGACCAAUGUUCCAGAUAAGGAGCGGCAAAUUGAGGCUCUCCAGUUGCUCUUCCUCAUUCUCCCUCCACCCAAUCGUAACUUGCUGAAGUUAUUGCUUGAUCUCCUGUACCAGACAGCAAAGAAACAAGACAAGAAUAAGAUGUCUGCCUAUAACCUUGCCCUUAUGUUUGCACCCCAUGUCCUGUGGCCGAAAAAUGUCACUGCAAAUGACCUUCAAGAAAAUAUCACAAAGUUAAACAAUGGGAUGGCUUUUAUGAUUAAACACUCCCAGAAACUUUUUAAGGCUCCUAUUUAUAUUCGGGAAUGUGCCAGAUUGCACUAUUUGGGCUCCAGAACUCAAGCAUCAAAGGAUGAUCUUGAUCUGAUAGCUUCAUGUCCUACUAAGUCCUUCCAGUUGACAAAAUCUCAGAAACGGAAUUGGGUAGAUUCCUGCUCUCACCAGGAGGAGACCCAGCAGCGUACGGAAGAGGCAUUGAGAGAGUUGUUCCAACAUGUUCACAAUAUGCCAGAGUCAGCAAAGAAGAAACAACUUAUUAGACAGUUUAAUAAACAGUCUGUGAUCCAAACGCCAGGGCGAGAAUCUCCUACUCCUCGGGUACAGAAAAGAGCCCGUUCACGUUCCUUCAGUGGCCUUAUUAAGCGGAAGGUCCUGGGAAAUCAGAUGAUGUCAGAAAAGAAAAACAAGUAUCCUACUCCGGAAUCUGUAGCCAUUGGUGAAUUGAAGAGAGCCAGCAAAGAAAAUAUGAACUUAUUAUAUUCUGGCUCUCCAGCUGUCACGAUGACACCAACAAGAUUGAAAUGGCCUGAGGGGAAGAAAGAAGGGAAAAAAGGUACUGAUUGUACUUAUUCUGUGUUCUUACCGAGCGAUUCCUCUGAAGGAUCCAGAGUACUCCUGUUGUCCACCUGGAAUUUCCUCUUUAGUGGGCCAGACGUCAUUACUGCUCAGAGAAGCUUGGACUUGCAGCUUGCUGCGUUUAGCACUGUGAAAGUCAACUAAUCCUGUGACCUGACUGACACCGCUAACCGCACUCACUGGAUAAUGUCUGCAGACUCUGUCUACUGAACGGGCGCUGGCAUCUCUUUCUCUUGUCUUUGAAGCAUUGUGGGGAAACCACUAAGCAGCCAACCUGCUCACACAGCACAGUAAAUGGGCAGAACCAGCUGGGCUCCAGUGCUCAUUCCAUGAAUUUGUUUUAGCAGAUAUUAUUUUUAAAAAUCUGAAAGUUCUUUCAACUGCCAGUUUUUGGGUUUUUUUUUAAGUGCUGUCAGUCCUGGUGGAUUGAUAUUAUUUUUAACUGAUACUUGGGGCUUUUCUCUGUUUUGAUAGUAUGGGUGUUAUUUUGGUUGUUUCUUGUUAAUUUGCUGUUUGUUUUUUUAAAGCCAUUUUUUAGAUAGGUCAUCUAAAUUAUGCCUAAGACAGAUAUCUUUCCCUUGUUUUUUCACCAUAAGCUUUGGGAAAGCUCUUGAUC